AUGGCAAGGAGUGGGCCGCGUCUAGAAAUGUUGCAUUCACCUUUAUGGCCACUUCUAGUAUACUUAGCGACAAUUGUGAAUGGGAAAUUGGAUGGCCAUCACGUAGAUAAACACAAUGAGUUUCAUUCCAUUAAUGGUAGCUACCUGGAGGAAAAGCAGCGCAAAGCAUACCAUGAUCACGAGGACUUAUUCGGAGCUAAAAUGUACAGAACGCUCUUUUCGGUGAAGCGUCGCGAACAUUUGAAUGCAGUGAAAAGCUUAAUGGCUAUGGAUGAGAAGAAGCAAGAAAAGCUUCUUCUUGAAUUGGUGUUCAACAUCAUUAAGGUGAUGGGUAAUGCAAAAAAUAUAGUUGAAAAAGCAAACUUCAAGCCGAAUGAUACAUUCCCUAGUGAAGAACAAAGCAGUUUGAGAGAUGCUAUUGGAAAUAUUGUCGAAAAUACAGCAUUUUACAGUAAUUUGGUGUUGUAUUUUCCGACAAUACUGCUCGACAGAUACAAGAAAGAUAUCGACUGGCAGUUACUAUUUGCCUGGGCCUAUAAAUUUACAACAACAUCACGGUUGCAUGAUGAUGCUGCGGAAAAAUUGCUGGACUUGGUUGGGCAACAGUUAGAAAUCAUUCCAAGAAGAGAUGAUUUUCAUAAUCCAUAUGAUAGAAAAGCAAUAAAGGAAGAAUUGCAACGGGAAGCAUUACGAAAAAUGGAAGAAGCGCUAAGAGAAAAACAGGAACAAAAAAAACUGGACCGUAAAAAAAAGAAGAAGAAACCAUCACUAUCAAGGAAUGAACUGUAAUUCUAUUAUACAGCUACACUUUUUAAGCGC